AUGGCCCGCGGAGAUGUACGCGCUACACACACAAUUCAACCGAUCGAGGUCCAUGUCAACGGAGACAAAGCUGUGUCUGAGUCCACUGGAAGUAUCAGCAUCCGCUUCACAUCCGACGGCAGUGACUAUGACUGUGUGUCAUACACACGGUUUAUUUCCCGACUUCGACAAUACAACUGUGAAUGGAGAAUUCUUACUCUUGAGGCCAUCUAUGAAUGCGAUAAAAUAACUCCAGUCACGCCACUCAUUCCACCCAUAAUGCAUCUGAAAUGUGAUCUGACGGGCAUGCGAGAGAGUUACAAGUGCAUCGGAUGGCUUUUGAACGGCGAGGGCUUCCUGAUCAAUCCCAAUUUGCCAGGUAUUGACAACCCUUCCUCUAUGGCCAACUUGAUGGAGGACUCUUUGCCAUGGAUCAGAGGCUAG